CUUAAAAACAAUUUUGCCAUUAAAUUGAACACAACAACAGCUACCUUCCCUUUCCCUCCCCACCACACACAAAUACAUAUAUACAAGCAAUUGCUUUCUCCAUACUCGAAAUGCCUCAUACUAGCUAACUCUCUUUUAUACACUCCAAACCAAACUUAAUCAACCAAAUCCUCAUUGCAACCAACCAACACCACCAACACCAACACAAACACCAGAACCAGAGCUUUCAACCUUUUUCAAAACCUCUGCUUACUCACUUCACCCAUUUUACUUCAAUCAUUGCCCACUUCAUAUCUCACCAUUUUAACAACUGGGUUCUACUCAAACUCUCAAAUUGAUCACUCAUGGAGCCACUCAUUGGACCUAGACUUAGAUCCAGUCCUACUGUACCCGUACCCGUUGAUAAUGCUCUUGAUUCUCUUCAACUCAGUGAAGACAUUCAUCACUUAAUCUCUGUGCCACCGGAAAAUGCAAGUUCCUUUACUGCCCUUCUCGAAUUACCUCGUAAUCAAGCUAUGGAGCUACUUCACUCGCCUGAUUUCUCUCUCAAAACCCGACCCGUUGUCAAUUCAAGCCCGAAUCAUAGCCCGCCUCAUUUCAAUGCUGCUAAUUUGACUUUUCCUACUAACACUGGCUUAAUAGAACGAGCAGCCAAAUUUUCUGUGUUUGCCGGCGAGAAUUUGAACAAUAGUAACUCGCCGGAGACAACAAGCUCAGUACCGUCAAAUUCAAGUGCGAAUCUCGAGAAAGCUGUGAAAAAUGAACCGGCAGAGGCGGAAUCAUAUCUUAAUCAAUCUCAUCCGUUAGUUUCUGAUCAUCCGACGAUGGAGAAUGGAGCACAGAGACCUGUCAAGAGGAAGGAAAGAGAAAAGAAGGGUAAAGGGUCAACAAAGAAAAGUAAAAAUAGCGAGAAUUGUGAAGAAGAUGGAGAAAAGCUUCCGUACGUUCAUGUUCGAGCACGUCGCGGUCAAGCCACUGAUAGCCAUAGCUUGGCAGAGAGAGCUAGGAGAGAGAAGAUUAAUGCAAGGAUGAAGCUACUUCAGGAACUGGUCCCAGGCUGCAAUAAGAUCUCUGGGACGGCUUUGGUGCUGGAUGAGAUCAUCAAUCAUGUACAAUCAUUACAACGGCAAGUGGAGUUCUUAUCGAUGAGACUUGCAGCAGUUAAUCCCAGAAUUGAUAUCAAUCUUGACAGUAUAUUGGCAGCAGAAAGUGGAUCUCUUAUGGACAGUAAUUUCUCCGGCAUGGUUAUGCCAUUAGCAUGGCCAGAAAUCCAAGUUAAUGAGAGCAGACAACAAUAUCAGCAACAGCAAUGGCACACCGACGCAGUUCAUCAGCCGGUUUGGGAAAGAGAAGAAAACAGUUAUAACUUCAUUACUCCAGAGAACUCUCUUUUGAGUUAUGAUUCCUCAGCAAAUUCAGCAUCUCUGCACUCAAGUCAAUUGAAAAUGGAGCUAUGAAGCAAGAAAUGGAGAAGCUGCAGCAAUAGCAUGUAUAUAGUCAAAUAUUUAGCAAGUAGAGGGGAGUCACUUCAUCAUUCAUAUCGGGUUGAAGACUCGAUCGUCGAAUUCUCUCAGCUAGAGAUGAGAAAAUUUCAUACAUGUUAUUCUUCUAUAAUUUACUACAUAUCAUUUAUAUAAUAUAUCUUAUAUACUAACUUUUGAGAGUCAGUUCAAUUGAUGUAGAUGAUUGAUUGAUUCAUAUUUGUAGAAGAAACCAACUAAGAAUGAUUUAUGAUCUUCCUUAACUAGCUACUAUAUAUGUUCUCAAGAGGCUCCUUGUAUA